GGUUGCAGCCGCUUUUUUUAGAAAUAUUCAAACAGGUCUUAAUUAGCAGCUGAUGGAAUUUCUAGCCUGGGCGCUGGCACUUCAUCCUGCUGCGUUAGCGUACUUGGGAAAAAGAUGGGGCGUCCCGAGUACUUGAACCGGAAACGCAUUACAACGGACUAAAGAAAUAACCAUGCCCGGCUCAUCCCGCAGCUCGAGGGGUCCGGACCCAUUCCAGCGCGUGGAAAGGCGAUGUGCCGAGGUGCAGGGUGACGCGCAGCAGCUCUUACAACUCAGCGACACAGACAUUUUGACCCUUGUUGAACAGUAUGAGCAGGCCGGAUGGGAGCAUCGGCAUCACGGAAACUGCGAUGAGAGUGUUUACGUGGGAGGACCGGGGAUCAGUGUAGCCAUGACUUUCUGCGGUGCUUCCAAGCGUAGACUUAUCGAAACCGGCAAUACGCCACUCGCUGCACAGGCCAACUUUGACUCCAGCGAACGCCGAAACCAGAGCUGGUGGUAUUUGCAGAACCCACAGAGCGACCGUAGUUCCCGCAGCCGUGGCAGUGGUGGAAUAGAGACGGAGGACCUCACCGCUCCGUGGUCGCGCCGCACAGAGCGCCCACGGCAUCCCGAGGUCCGCACGUCUAUCAUGUGUGGCCACGCAGGGGUUCUGCUGGCGCAAUUAGCCUGGUGCAGAGAAUUUGGAUCUGCAAACGAAGGGUCGGCCAUUUUUGACCAGCAACAAAUAUUUCGGGAUCUGUGCGCGAUUUCGAAUGAGUAUUGCGAUGCGGAUGAAUGGCUGUACGGAAGAUCCGGAUAUUUACUCGGACUACUGUCGGUAAGGCAGUGGAUGGCUGAAGAUGCUGGAGGCCAGCUGACACAGCAGGCUGGUGCUCUGACGCCAUGGAUGCAAGGCGAACUGCCAACGAUCGAUGAUGCCAUUCGGCGCACGGUGCGAAGCAUUCUGAGCUCCGGGAGACAGCUGUCGCAGCAACUGCGGCGCGACCCCGUUCUCGGGUACCGAUGGUGCGACGAGAAUUACAUCGGGGCUGCGCACGGCCUGUGCGGGAUCUACUACGCUCUUUUGUGCGCGCAUCGAAUUGAGGCCGCAUUCCUUCCGAGCAAACACGAUCUGGAGGAUUUAGAGCGCUCUAUCAAUUGGUUACUCGACCACUGCAAGUUAACUAGCAACGGCAACUACCCGGCUACAUGGGAGCAGGAGUAUUUUUCGCCGAAGAGCCACAAUCGAGCGGACCGCCCGGAGGAGGGUGAAAAUCACCUCGUUCACUUCUGCCACGGUGCACCGGGUUUUGUUUACCUCCUCCUCGAGGCGCACCGGACGUUCGGCCAGCGCUCCGCACGAUACAUGGAGGAGGCGCUCGCCCUGGGUGAGUUUGUCUUUCGCCACGGAGUACUGAAGAAGGGUGUAGGUUUGUGCCACGGAACGGCCGGCAACGGAUUUGUGUUUUUGGCACUGAGCCGCGCUUUUCCGGAUGACAAGCGAUGGCUGAAGUACGCACGGCACUACUGUGCGAAGGUGCGGCAGUGGGUGCUGCACUGCGAAGCUUUGGACCGAAAGUGGUGCGAUCAUCCGUGGUCCCUGUACGAGGGACUAGCUGGGACUUGCGUUUUUCUCUAUGCGUUUCUGCUUCAUGUUGCGAAGCAAGAGAAUUCAGAUUCAGCGGCUGAUGCUGCGGAAAUGGAGGCACUUCCCUCACCGAAGAGGCAGGCGAAAGAAAGCGAGCUGGCAGGGGACGUCGAGGACCAAGCAGCAAAAGGGAGCCGACAGAAUAGCAGCUCUUUGGUUAUCGGCAGUGCUGACUCUUCAAUCGCGACCGCGACAAGACCAAUCGGUCUUCCCGCCAGCAAUGUGAGUGGAGGAAGUGCUAGACCUAAGGGAGCAGGAAAGAACGCGAGUGAACUCGCACGGAUUUCAGUCUACACUGGAGGAUUUCCUCUCUUUGAAAUACUUUGACAACUGACGCUGUUUCGAGAAAGCCAGCAAUGCCAGAUGCACGCUUAUCAUGAAACGCAAG